CACACCCGCCACCCUGCCGCCCACCGCCGCCACCACCACCACCAUCACCGCCACCGCCACCGCCACUGAGGGGCGCUACGCCGCCGCCGCCGCCGCCAUGAACAGGACCAACCUCACCAUACACCUGACGCCGCCCAUGCCGCGCCGCCCACAGCACGCCUCGCCCGCCACGCCCUCGCCGGGGAGUGGUGGAGCAGGCGUGGUGCGCCGCGCCUUCAGCCUGGACUCCCUCGGGGGCGCAGCGCCUGGAACAGAGGUACGCCGCGUGCAAGUGUCCGUAGGGGGACGUAAGGGGGCUGGACACACCACCCGCAGAAGCUACCUGGCGGUGCCCGUGGGCGGCGCCGCGCCCCACACUCUGCCACCCCACCAGUGCAGUGAAGUGUCGCAACAGCCUCAGGCGCCACCCUCCGCCCUGGGCCAGCCUCUGGGGCGCCCCUGUGUGUCAGAGAACAAUGUGGCCGCCGCCACGUACCCCGUGGAGACUCCGGGACGGCCCCCGCAGCGGCCCCGCAAGGCUGACGGGGACAAGGCUCCCUCAGGGCCCAGGAAGUACUUCUCCGGCAUCCUGCACGCCUUCGGGGCCGCGGCGCCGCGCCUGCGGGGCGUCCUCACACAACCCGUCAGCGCCACGUGCGCAGGGGCUCCUGCGGGGGAAGGCACCCCCUCGUGGUCUAAAAGUGACGGGGCGCAGGUGGGUCAGGCCGCUGCCAACACUCACAAAUACCCGACCCCCGGCCACCCCGGGUUCCCCGCCACCCCUGCCGUCCCGGACCCCGCUCACCACUCACAGGGCGUCAAGAAUAGCAGUGAGUCAGGGCGCGGCCCUUCCAAUCUCACCCCGGCCCCACGCCCACGCCGCCCACCCGGAGGAAGGGCGUGCGGGCCUUCGCCAGCCGGGCAUUUAUAAACAUUGGUGGCAGGGAUGGGUGUCCCACCCCGCACCACAUCCGGUGCAGCGCGGCCCCUUCCCCGCCCCGCUCACUGUCCCACCAAGACCUGGACUUCCAGCGCCGCCACGCAGCGCCCACACCUGCAGCCCGCCUCACGGCCACCCACCCACACGUGCCCUCCCUGGCCACGCCCACGCCCACCAUCACCCUCACCUCCACGGCCAAGGUCACGCCCAUCACACUCACCGCCCGCACGCCCACGCCGCCUCUCCUAUCCAAGCCCACGCCCUACAGGCCGCCUACGGCUAUGCCGCCACUCACGCCCAACCCCAUCACAACAGUGAGUGUCACGCCCGCGGCGGCAGGCCCACCCACCACGACGGCCCCGCCCAUCACCACAGCUCCGCUACGCCCCGUCAGACUUCGCAGCCGCAGCCAGGAGAACCUGCGCCCCGCCCCAGCGCUGCGCCCCAGAGCCCGCUCCGUGUGCGUGGACGCGCCCCAGGCCCCUGCCGCAGAGCCCCGUGGCAGCCCGAGGUGUCGGCGCCGCCCACGGCCGCCCUCCCUGCCUCCCACACCCCCAUCACGGCCCCGGAGGGUGUCCCCAGGUCCCGCGAUGCCCAGGGACUCCCUGACGCCCUCACCCACGCCCUGGUGGCGGUCAUGGGUGGGGAGGCGCCCACCAGCCUGUGCACCUCCCGUGAAUCUCUAACCUCUGACAGCCCCAGUCCCAGCUCCGCCCCGCGCCCCACUCAACCCUCGGGGCGCGUCUCCUCGGCGGGGGAGGUGGAAGUGAACCUGUCUGAGGGUGAGGUGGUGGUGGUGGCGGCGGGGCGCCCCGCGGGGCAGGACGCUCCGCUGGACACAGACACGGACACGGACAGCAGCGAAGACUUCCCUGCGGGAUGCGGGCGCCCCGUGUCCCCAGAGUCCUGCUGCUCCACCUCAGCCUCGGGGGGCUCGCCGCCCUCCUCCCCCGGCCUGGUGCACGCCGCGCCCUGCUGGGCAACCACCACAACCAAUACCACCACCACCACCACCACGGACGACGAGGCCUCCACGGACUCCAGCACCGCGCCAUUGUGGCGCCCCGCCCCGCCCACCCCGCCCACCCAGCGCCGCGCCACCCUCUGCACCCUGCAGGAACACUUCAUGGCCGAGGCAGCCACGCCCCUGCCGGACGACACCCACGCCUCGCCCCACGCCCGCGCCACGCCCUCCAUACACCCUCCACCCUGUCAUGCCGCACCCUCGACGCCUCCCCCUGCCUCCCGGACCCCGCCCUGCCAGGACUGUGACCCCAGCCGACCCUGUCACCACCCCGCCCCUGCACCUGAUCCUGCUGGCGACGCCCGCUCCUGGCAUCACUACGGCGCCUGCACUGCUGCCACGCCCGGGGACCAUCCGGCCCCUCACCCGAUCCCGCCCCACCAGGACACUGCAUGGCGCGACCCCUCUUCAGCCCCGCCCCUGCAGGACUACACCCCGCCCUGGGAGCCCGCCACCCUGCACCACACCAACCACGCCCCGCCCACACCACCACGCGAGCCGUCCCCAGGGUGGGCGUGGCCCCACCCAUACCAGCGGCAGGAUGCCCUCAUGGCCACGCCCGCCCCAUGCCCUGCAGACAGUGACAAGCCACCACGGUCGCCCCGUCGACGUCGAGACUCCCUGUCUGUGCCCCGCGAGGCGCCCCGACCCGCCCCGCCGCGGCCCCGCUCGCUGUCAGCCAACUGUAGGUACCGCGUGCAGCUGCACAUCCCGCCCCGUCCCGCCUCCUUCACCAGCCUGGCCCCGCUCACCCACGCCGCGCCCACGCCCGCGGAGAGCUUGGACGAGGGCCUGGGCCCGCCCACAGGGGUGUCCGCCCCACACCGGUUGGCUGAGAGAAAGAAGAAUGAAGGGAAUGAGCUCUACAAGACGAAGGAAUAUAGAGAUGCGCUACGGCUCUACACACAGGCCAUUGACCUGUGUCCAGACUGCGCCGCUUACUAUAGCAACCGGUCAGCCUGUUACAUGAUGCUGGGAAAAUACAUAGAAGCUUUGAACGAUGCGAGAGAGGCGGUCAGGCUGGAUAAAGCAUUCGUCAAGGGUUAUCUGAGAGUGGCCAAAUGCAACAUAGCCCUGGGAGACGCCACUGCAGCUCUCUCGGUGCUGCGGGAGGCCGGGGAGCUGGAGGCAGGAAGUAAGGCGGUGAAGGAUGAGAUAGGUCGAGCACAGGGCCUCAUUAAGUGCCAAGAGGAGAUUGAGAAGGCAUUUAAUAAGGGAGACUAUAGGACGGCAAUCUACCACCUGGACCGUGCCCUGGAGUAUGCUGUAGGCUGCCGAGCAAUGAAGAUUAUGAAGGCGGAGUACUUGGUGAUGCUGCAGCGAUAUGCUGAAGCUCAGGAGAUGGUGAAUGAGAUCCUACAAUUUGACAACACAAACGUGGACGCCAUCUAUGUGAGGGGCAUGUGUCUGUACUACCAAGACAACCCAGAGGCCGCCUUCAACCACUUCCAGCAUGUGUUACGUCUUGCCCCAGACCACCACAAGGCUAAGGAGGUGUACAAGAAGGCCAAACAGCUGAAGCAGAAGAAGGAGGAGGGUAAUGAAGCCUUCAGGAGAGGUCGUCACCAGGAGGCUCUGGCACUGUACACUGAAGCUCUCGCCAUAGACCCCCUCAACCAGUUCACCAAUGCCAAGCUGUACUUCAACCGGGCCACUGUCAACUCUAAGCUGAACCGACUGGAACAAGCAACAGAGGAUUGUACAGCUGCCAUUAACCUUGACGACGGGUACCUGAAGGCCUUCCUGCGACGUGCCAAGUGUUACCAGCAGCUGGAGAGGCACGAGGAGGCUGUCAGGGACUAUGAAAAGGUCCUUAGGCUUGAUAAAAGUCCAGAGAAUAAGAGGCUGCUGCAGGAGGCCAAGGUGCAGCUCAAAAGGGCAAAAAGGAAGGAUUACUACAAGAUUCUGGGAGUCAACAAGAAUGCAACAGAGGACGAGAUUAAGAAGAACUAUAAAAAGAUGGCCCUGGUUCAUCAUCCGGACCGCCACUCGAGCGCCUCAGAGAAGGACAAGAGAGACCAUGAGGUGAAGUUCAAGGAGAUUGGUGAAGCUUACUCUGUGUUGACGGACACCAAGAAGAGAGCAAUGUACGACCGGGGACACGACUUCAAUGAUCCUGAUGGCGGCUUUGCACAUGAAGACAUUGACCCCAGCCAAAUAUUCCAGGCCUUCUUUGGGGGUGGCCAUGGCGGGUACAGCUUCUCAAACCAGGGGGGGCAGUUCCAGCAGCAAGGGGGCUUUCCAGGGGCGGCUUUGGGGGCGCCUUCCUGGGGGCUUCCAUUUCAGUUUGGCUAAGGGGGGGCGCUAAUGGGGGUUAAUGGGUUUGAUUAGGGAUAUUUUAAUUUUGUUUUGUUUAUUUUUUAUUAUUAUUUUUUUUUUUUUUUUUAUUUUUCUUCCAGUCUGUGUGUGUGUGUGUGUGUGUGUGUGUGUGUGUGUGUGUGUGUGUGUGUGUGU